GUGGAUGUUACUUAUGUAAUAUUUAAAAAUGUCCCAAGGAGAGGGUGCUGCUGUCGCAGUGCCUAAUAAUCAAAACGGUGCAGUAGCACAUAAUCUUAACAGUCUUGCUGGUGUUAUAGGACCAGUUUUAAAUAAUAAUAACAUGAAUAUAGCUAGAAAUAACAAUAAUCAAAACCCACUAAUUAAUGUACGGGAUAGAUUAUUUCACGCAUUAUUUAUCAAGGUGGCGCUAAUCUAUGCACGAACAUUUCCAAGGCCUGUCAGAAGAUUUAUAGAAUUUAUAAUUCUUUUAAAGGCUAUAUUGGCAUUUUUCGUAUUGGCUUAUAUCCAUAUAGUAUUUUCACGCGCACCAACUAAUUGUUUAGAACAUAUAAGAGAUGAAUGGCCACGAGAUGGUAUAUUGAGAGUGGAAAUUCUUAGAAAUGGUGGUGAAGAUUAUAGUAUAGAAAAAAGUUAUGCCAAAGAAGAAAAAUUGAGACAAGAAAAAGUUGAUGAUUUAACUAAUGCUUUAGGAAUAUUAACUGGAGAUGGCUUUAUAAAUAUUGAACCAUCGGCUGUUGAUGAAGAACGAGAUACUAUAAAUAUCUCUGCCGAAGAGAAUCAAGAGAAUUUGACACUACAUGAGCAGGAUGUGAUAACAAGUGCUACAAUUUCUGGAGAGACGCAGAAUCCUGACCUAAGCACGGCAAAUACAACAAUGAGCCCAUCGUUGUCAACAAAACUUUGGAAUGGUUUAAAUAUAGCUAAAAAGAUAUCAUCUGGAGAAAAGUCGUCUUUUGCAAAUGUGGAAGGUAAUUCUACAGAAGCGCCUGAUUAUUUAAAUGAAGAUGUUAUACAGUUAAAGGAUCGUUCAUCAGAUGUUGAUAAAACGGCUAGAAUAGAAGAUGGAUAUAUUGUAGAAUAUUCAUUGGAAUAUGGUUUCUUGCGGUUAUCACCAGCGGCUCGACAAAGACUAAACAUUCCAGUCAAAAUUGUCACUUUAGAUCCAUUAAACGACAAAUGUUUUGGUGAUUCAUUUUCGCGGUUGAUAUUGGAUGAAUUUUUGGGAUAUGACGAUUUGUUGAUGGCAAGUAUCAAGACAUUAGCAGAACAUGAAGAUAACAAAGGAUUUUUACGGAACGUGGUGACUGGAGAACAUUAUCGAUUUGUCAGCAUGUGGAUGGCACGGACAUCAUACUUAGCUGCAUUUUUCGUUAUGCUCGUAUUUACCGUAUCGAUCUCGAUGUUACUGCGCUACUCGCACCAUCAGAUCUUCGUCUUUAUCGUUGACCUUAUACAAAUGCUGGAGUUUAACUUAACUGUGUCAUUGCCAGCUGCUUCCCUAUUGACAGUAGUCUUGGCAUUAGUAGGAAUGGAGGCACUUAUGUCUGAAUUUUUCAAUGACACAACCACUGCGUUUUACAUAAUCUUGAUAGUGUGGCUUGCUGAUCAAUAUGAUGCUAUCUGCUGUCACACGGCUCUUACAAAGAGGCACUGGCUAAGAUUUUUCUACUUGUAUCACUUCUCUUUCUACGCGUAUCAUUAUCGAUUUAACGGACAAUACAGCAGUUUGGCAUUGGUUACAUCUUGGCUCUUUAUACAGCACUCAAUGUUAUAUUUCUUUCAUCACUAUGAGCUACCAGUGAUUUUGCAACAAGCGCAGCUUCAACAACUACUGUUUCGUAAUCAUAUUCAGCCUCAGGCACAACCAGCGACGCCUAGCACGGCCCCAACUACCCCGGGUUCAGGCUCGUCGCCAUCACCGUCGCCGUCACCAUCAGCGGCACCUUCACCUUCGUCGAGUCCGAAUUCAUCGUCGAUACCUAUGACGGAACAGACACAGCAAAACUAUAUUACCGAGCUUUCUCAGCUCGAUUUAGAACCUAGCAAUACAGAGGCACAACAUACGGAUACUGCGCAACAAACAUCCACGGCAACGACGGCUGAUCAUCAAGAUGAUUCUAUUCGAGUGUCGGAGGACACGACAGUGUUCACCACGUCGACUUCCGUUGCAAAGACGGAAGCGGUUCCCUCAGCGUCCAGAGCUACGAGUUCGCUCACCGAUACUUCGUCCUCCGAAGGCUUCGAGGUCAUUGAGUCUACUGAGGUGGCGAAGGAAACGUCUGUCGAAGACAAAAAAGAACAUUAGACUUUGACUAUGCCAACUGCGUAACAGUCAGAGCACAGAGUGUAUCAUUUCCACAUGACUGCUUCCGUCGAUUUCUUUUCAUAGGAAAUCGGCGCAAUUAUAAUAUUUUGUCACAGAAUUAUAAAGCAAUACGGUCUCUCUGUAUAUGAGAAUGAACAAGUUAACAUGUGUUCGAUGUGUUUCGAUGUUCAAUUUCAAUAAAAUGAAGAUGAAAUUAGAAAUCGAUUUUUUGAAACUGUCAUAGGUAUCACGCUUCGAGAUCAGACCCAAUAGACGAAGAGGCAAAGAUUUAUACAGCGGUCUUAUGGAAAUAAAUUUUCAAUCAUAAUAAUA